GGGCAUGCUCAGUAGCCGGGGCAGGUUUUUUGGUCGCAAGUAGGAAGCUUCUUGCACUACACCGGAGAGGGGGAGCCGCGGAUCCCGCCGUGCCGCCCGCACCGCCGCCGCGCCCGGUCCAGCCUGCCCGGCCCCCGGCGGGCGCAAUGAGCCCGCGUCCUAGUAGCCGCCGGUCCGCCAGGCACUGAGCGCGAGCGCCCUGGGCGCGUUGCGCAGCUGCUCCUGCGCACAACCCCGCCGCCGCCGGCCCGCACCGGCCGCCCAGUGCGAGAGGCUGGUCCGUGCACAGCGCUCGGCGCCGGGAGCAGAGCAGGAAGCGCAGGCCACGCAGGGACCCAAGUGGAACAAAGUGUCCGCAGCCGGGCGCCGCGCCCCGACCCCGCCGCGCCCGCGCCCCUCCACCGCCCACCAUGGCUUCCGAGGAGCUGUACGAGGUGGAAAGAAUUGUUGACAAAAGGAAAAACAAGAAAGGGAAGACGGAGUAUCUGGUGCGCUGGAAAGGCUACGACAGCGAGGACGACACGUGGGAACCAGAGCAGCACCUGGUGAACUGCGAGGAAUACAUCCAUGACUUCAACCGCCGCCACAGUGAGAGGCAGAAGGAGGGCGGCCUGGCCCGGGCCAGCAGGACCUCCCCCAGCAACGCCAGGAAGCAGAUCUCCAGGUCCACCCAUAGCAACCCAGCCAAGACUGCCCCUAAGGCGCUCGUGGUAGGCAAAGAUCAUGAGUCCAAAAACAGCCAGCUGCUGGCUGCCAGCCAGAAGUUCAGGAAAAACACAGCCCCAUCGCUUACAAACCGCAAGAACAUGGACCUCGCCAAGUCAGGGAUCAAGAUACUUGUGCCUAAGAGCCCCAUUAAGAGCAGGACCUCAGUGGAUGGCUUUCAGAGUGAGAGCCCCGAGAAGCUGGACCCCGUGGAGCAGGGUCCCGAGGACACAGUAGCACCAGAGGUGACUGCAGAGAAGCCUGUGGGAGCUUUGUUGGGCCCUGGUGCAGAACGAGCCAGGAUGGGGAGCAGACCCCGAAUACACCCACUAGUGCCUCAGGUGUCUGGCCCUGUGACUGCUGCCAUGGCCACAGGCUUAGCCAUUAAUGGAAAAGGUACAUCUCCGUUCAUGGAUGCACUAACAGCCAAUGGAACAGCCACCAUACAGACGUCUGUUACAGGAGUGACAGCCGGGAAAAGGAAAUUUAUUGACGACAGAAGAGACCAGCCUUUUGACAAGCGGUUGCGUUUCAGUGUGAGGCAGACAGAGAGUGCCUACAGAUACAGAGAUAUUGUCGUCAGGAAGCAAGAUGGUUUCACCCACAUCUUGUUAUCCACAAAAUCAUCAGAGAAUAACUCACUAAAUCCAGAGGUGAUGAAAGAGGUCCAGAGUGCUCUGAACACAGCUGCAGCCGACGACAGCAAACUGGUGCUGCUCAGUGCUGUGGGCAGCGUCUUCUGUUGCGGUCUUGACUUCAUUUAUUUUAUACGGCGCCUCACAGACGACAGGAAGAGAGAAAGCACGAAGAUGGCAGACGCUAUCAGAAACUUCGUGAAUACUUUCAUUCAGUUUAAGAAGCCUAUUAUUGUAGCAGUUAAUGGCCCAGCCAUUGGACUAGGAGCGUCCAUAUUGCCUCUUUGUGAUGUGGUUUGGGCUAACGAAAAGGCUUGGUUUCAAACACCCUAUACCACCUUCGGACAGAGUCCAGAUGGCUGCUCUACCGUUAUGUUUCCCAAGAUUAUGGGAGGACCAUCUGCCAAUGAAAUGUUGCUCAGUGGGCGGAAGCUGACUGCACAGGAGGCAUGUGGCAAGGGCCUGGUCUCCCAGGUGUUUUGGCCCGGGACCUUCACGCAGGAAGUCAUGGUUCGCAUCAAGGAGCUCGCCUCAUGUAACCCUGUUGUCCUGGAGGAAUCCAAAGCCCUGGUGCGCUGCAACAUGAAGAUGGAGUUGGAGCAGGCCAAUGAGAGAGAAUGUGAAGUGCUGAAGAAGAUCUGGGGCUCUGCCCAGGGCAUGGACUCCAUGUUAAAGUACUUGCAGAGGAAAAUCGAUGAGUUUUGAUUGGCAGGCUGCAUGUGGAUGACCCUGGAACUGGUCUGAGCGUGACAUCAAAGACCUCCCAGUGACCACAGUCCGUCCUCACAGUAGCUCAUGCUUGGAAUCAAGACUGGAAACAUCCAGGCUAUUUAUUACCAAGGAGUUUUUUAAGUACUGUAACUUUAAAAUAAAUAACUACAAAGCUCCUUUGUCCAAAUGUCAUUAUUGUAUACUCAUGUACACACAUAUAAAAUGUAAUGGUGAGCACUAGACUGCUCUUGGAAGCUCUAAUUUCUUUGGCCUGGUACUGUAAUUUUUUAUUUUUUUCCUUAAAAAAAAAGAAAAAAGGCUUUGUGUUUUAUUCAAUUUGGUUGAUAGCAAAGUUUGGAAUAAUGUUUUACUCAACCUUUUUUUUUUUUUUUUUUUUUUUUUGGUUUUAAAGGGGCCUGCCUCCCCUCCCUCCUUUACCCCAAACAGAGAUGCUGAAAUAGCUGAACAUUUUCCUGCGUCCAAGGAGGGAGGAACAAGUACCUCAGUGGUGGAGAAAUUGUACUCAGAAUUAAGGCCUGCCUUGUAGGAAAAGCAUUUCUGAUGAAAAAAAAAAAAAAAAUCCCAUCAUGCACUUGAGGUUCAUGCUGAGUUGCCAGCUGACUCUCCCUGUUUAAAGGUAUCCUAUUCUUUCUUACCCAGUUACAACAAAAAGAAAAAAAAAAAAACACUCUGCGAAGCUUACACUGCAGUGUUAGCCACUGAAUAGCUUGAGUUUGACUAGCUUAAGUUAUAAAUUAGUACUAGUGGUUUUAAAUAGUUUUUCUGGCCCUUUUGAAAUAUGACUGCAUAAGUACUGUGGCUGGGUGAGAAGUACUACUUUUUACAGUUUUGGUUUUCUAUCUGCAGAUACUAUGUAUUACACCAAAAAAGUAUUUUUAUGUUUGUAAAGUAUAAUUUUUAGGUUCACUUAGAAUAUAUUUUAUUUAAUAAGUUAAAAUCCUCUUGGCACACUAUUAAAUACAGAAACUCCUUUCAAAACAAAAAGAACUACCUUGUAUUCAACAUUUAAUGUUCUCAGUCUCAGCUUUUAUGUCUUUACUGUAUACUGAGCACAGUGUCAUGUCCACGAGUGCCCCUCACAAGGGGGACUGACUCCUGACUGCAGGUGCCUGUUAUUACUAGGCUUCUGGGCUUGUAGUCAUAUGAAUGUAUGAAGAGUGAAAUAAAUUGAAACCUUAUUUUUGUACAGUUUUGAAGUUUAUACUCGGAGCUGAUGCCUUCUCAGCCAUGAGAAAGGCUGUGCAGUGUGUAAAUCUGCCUUUACCGUGGAUGGAUUGGUACAGUAUUUUUGCAUCUGUGGGACCUACUUUUUCGUUUAGUAGUUUGAACUAUAUAUAAACUGUACAAUCUGUAAAGUUUUUAUAGAAUAAAUAUUCAGCUGUGAAAACUGGUUAAAUAAAACUAAUAUUUCUUAACACA